AUACAGCAAAAUGCCCCAUCGAGUGCGAUGUAUGGUCAUAGAGACCAUUUUUCGAUCCGAGAGGUAUAACUGCCUGACAAAACAUUCCUCUUAGGUUUGGUAAUAGUGUUUCCCCUGGCAAUGAAUGGUCUUGGUCUGUUAAAUGGCUAACUUACCUUAAGGUCAAUGUUGGGAAGACCGUCUAGAAGCUCUUUCGUCGCUUUUUACUCUUCCGUUGGUGUAGAGUACACUUUCAGGUCGGCAGAGCAAAAGGAGUGAAGCUCUUACUUUCUGACUGUGUCCGAGUAAUGAACGAAUACAAAUAAGUUGCCCUAUGUCGGUUAUGCUCAAAUUGAUUAAGUAUACAAUGCUGAUUUUGCGAACGGAAUCGGAAGCAGUAGCUAGUAUUUGCAUUAAGGGAAAUUCAGCAGGUGGUCUAAGUGUCCGGUUAAUAACGCUCAACUCCUAUCAAUUAAGAAACAGUUCCGUAGGACAAUUUGUCUAAUCACAAGCUUUUACAAACCUUUGAGGCUUGAAUCUAUUUAAGUCACCCACAAAAUGUCGACUCAAUAGUCUGUGGAAAGAUUUCUGACAGUUAAGACGGUUUUACAUAUUCUUCAUAUAAAAAGUAAAAGUUUACGCCCGAAAUGAGGCCGUUAAGGCAAAUAGAUUGCUUCAAAGUUAAUAUGAAAUUUUGGAAGUUACUUGCCGUUUGGCCUCCAAACGAUUUGCAAUCUUAUUACCGUUACUAUCAAAUGUUUUUCACGGCGUUCAUUCUUUUGAAUAACUUAUUAGCUACAGUAAAUUUUAUUUUCCUUCCGAGACAAUUAGAUAUGUUUAUAGACGAAAUGAUAUUUUACUUCACAGAGCUAGCUGUGACAUCCAAGUUUUUGACUUUUCUAUUUAUGCACGAAAAAAUUGUGAAAAUUUUGAGUGUGCUCGAGAGUGAUAUGUUUCAGCCUGAAUCUGAAAAUGGCUUAAAAACAAUCGACAAAGCGAAAAAAUUUAAUGUGAGAUAUUUUAAAAUAGUUGCAGCAGUGUCAGCAACUGCUCAUAUAUCACAUAUAGUACCGCCAAUAUUACUGCAUUUUAUUUUACAUGUAAAAUUAGAACUCCCUGUGUGCAAUUUUUCAUUUUUAUCUGAUGAUACUAAACAAAAAUUUAUUUACCCAUUAUAUGAGUUUCAAGCCCUCUACAUGCAAUCUCAAGUGCUUUUUAAUAUCAGUAUUGAUACAUUUUUUCUCGGUUUACUGAUAUACGCCAUUGCCCAAUUGGACAUACUUAACGAUAAUUUUCGAAAAGUCACCGGCAAAAACCAAAUAGUUACACGAGCUGAUGAUUCUAUAGAACGAGCGGAGAAAGAAAACACAAUAAAGAAAUUAAACGAUUCUAUAAUUCAUUAUGGUGAAUUGUGGCAGUUCUGUUUCUUGGUUCAAGAUGUAUUUAGUAUAACACUGUUCGUGCAAUUCAGUGUGGCUUCUUGUAUAAUUUGCGUCGUCCUGUUCAGAUUCACAUUGCCGGCGCCAUGGCAGUACUUCAUAUUUUUGGGAUCGUAUAUGUUCAUUAUGAUCCUUCAAAUUUUAGUACCCUGUUGGUUCGGCACCCGAAUUCAGGAUAAGAGUCAACAGCUAUCCCAGGCCGUGUACGAUUGCGACUGGACAGCUGAGUCUCGCUACUUUAAGAGCAGUCUGCGGCUCUUCGUGGAGCGCGCCAACAAACCUCUCUCGAUAACGGCCGGGAAAAUGUUUCCACUCUCGCUUACCACUUUCACUUCUAUUAUGAAUUCUUCGUACUCAUUCUUCACUUUGCUGCGUCACAUGCAAUCUCGCCAAAAUUAGAUCUGUAUCGUACGAGUAUUAAAAUUUUGACAGGUACCUAUUCACGCCAUUUAUUACAAAAUGUAAUCAAUUUCAGUGUAAAGUUGACUCAGUAUAAAUUUAGUUAAAAUUAAGGUCUCCGCUAAAACAUCAAACCAGUGACAAAAGGUAGCACGAAUUCGGUUACUUACUUAAAAUUUCAAAGCUUUAUUAAUUUCACCCUGGCUCGGCAUAUUGAUUCUAAUUAGAAUGCUGAAAGUGAACUCGAGGUCCGCAAAUUAUUUUUGAUUGAUGGAUUUAAGAUGAAAUUGUGAAAUACGAGUAUGUAUUCAGCGGUGUUCAUGGUAAAGUUUGUAUUGAAUCGUGUUAAUAAGUCAAGAAGGGCGAUUCUAUGUUGGCAUAUUUUAAACAAACUGUUAUUAGCAUCUACGUACGCAUUUUUUCUCAUUUAUGUGUAAGUAUGUUAUAAAUGAUUGUGCACUGCUUUAUAAUAAGUACGUAUGGCUACAACUCUACCCUGAUUUAUGGACAAAUAAUAUACGUAACUAAUAAAUGAAUAUACUUAA